CGCGCGGCGGACGGCAUUUGUCCCCUGCCGCUCCCCGUCGGCCCUCGGGUCGGCGGCCUCGAGUCCGGUCGCGAUGGCGUUCCAGUGCCAGCGCGACAGCUACGCGCGGGAGUUCUCCACCGUCGUGGUCGCCUGCCGCCCCGCGGAGCUGCCGGCCGGGGCGGGCGAGGACCCGCAGGCGGCGCGGCGCGGGUUCCAGGUGGUGCUGGAGGACACGCUGCUCUUCCCCGAGGGCGGCGGGCAGCCUGAUGACCGGGGUACGAUUGACAACAUCCCUGUGCUGAGAGUGACCCGCCGCGGGGCUGAAGCCGAGCACUUCACGAUGACGCCGCUGGCCCCCGGGAGCCAGGUCCGGGUCCGUGUGGACUGGGAGCGGCGCUUUGACCACAUGCAGCAGCACUCGGGGCAACAUCUCAUCACUGCCGUUGCUGAGCAUCUGUUUGGACUGAAGACAACCUCGUGGGAGCUGGGCCGGCUGCGGAGCUCCAUCGAGCUGGACAGCCCCUCCGUGAGCGCCGAGCAGGUGGCCACGAUAGAGCAGCACGUGAACGAGAAGAUCCGCGCGCGGCUGCCCGUGAGCGUGCGCGAGCUGAGCGCCGACGACCCCGAGGUGGAACAGGUGCGGGGCCGGGGCCUGCCAGAUGACCACGCCGGGCCCGUGCGCGUGGUGACCAUUGAGGGUGUGGAUGCCAACAUGUGCUGCGGGACCCACGUGAGCAACCUCAGCGACCUGCAGGUCAUCAAGAUCCUCGGCACCGAGAAGGGGAAGAAGAACAAGACCAACCUGUUCUUCCUGGCCGGGCAGCGCGUGCUGCAGUGGGUACAGCGGAGUCACGCGAGGGAAAAGGCUCUGACCGCGCUGCUCAAGUGUGGGGCUGAGGACCACGAGCAGGCGGUGACCAAGCUCCAGGGUUCUGUGAAGCUCCUGCAGAAGAACAACCUGAGUCUGCUGCGAGACCUGGCUGUGCACGUGGCCCGCAGCCUGAGGGCCAGCCCGGCCUGGGGCGGGGUCGUGGCGCUGCACAGGAAGGACGGUGAUUCUGAAUUCAUGAACAUCAUCGCCAAUGAGGCUGGGGCCGAGGACACCCUCCUGUUCCUGACCGUAGGAGAUGAGAAGGGUGCUGGCCUCUUCUUGCUGGCUGGGCCCCCCAUGGCCGUGGAGACCCUGGGACCCCGGGUGGCUGAGGUCAUGGAAGGCAAAGGAGCAGGAAAGAAAGGCCGCUUCCAGGGCAAGGCCAGCAAGCUGAGCCGGCGCGCAGAGGCGCAGGCACUGUUGCAGGACUUCGCCGGCUUGCGGGGCGCGGAGGGCUAGGUGGGCGCCGGCUCCCCAUGCAGUGCUGCUGGCGCGGAGCAGUGCUGCCCGAGUCAGCGCUGGCUCCACGGGGGCUCUGCUCGCAGCUGUGUGUGUAAACUCCUGUGCUCCUCCCUGUGCUGCUGGGGACCGAGCGCGGGCUCACGUGCGCUGGCGGGGCAGGUGCUGCUCCGGCGCUCCCUCUGCUGCCCCCGUUUCCUUCUCCUUUUUCAGCACUGGGAUGGAACCCAGGGCCUUCGUGCUCGGCUGUGCUCAGCUUGUUUGUGUUUGAGAUGAGUGUUGCCCGGCCUAGUCUCCAAUUUGCAGUACUCUUGCCUCAGCGUCCUGUAACAGUGGGGUCACAGGGGUGUGCCACCAUGCCAGGCUUCAGGCCUCUUUGAUGAUGGCACUAGUCACAUUCAAGAGGAUUGUCUCUGUGCCCCAAUUACCUGUUAAAAGCCCCACUUCCUGGUGGAAGAGU